UGCUAUAUGUAAUAGAUGGCAGCUUGCAACGCAAUAACACUUUCGGUGCGUGGCGCUGUGGCGUCUCACAUUCGGCUGUUCUCGGCAAACAUCGGCUUGUGUCGGAAACUCAGACUCACGUCAAGGAUGGAGGAAGAGGCACGUAAGCUUCUCGAAGAAGGAAUAAGAAAGAAAUUGGUCAGUCCUGGAAAUGGAGAUCUAUCGACCUUUCCCAAUGGAACAAAGGUGGUCUUUCACUAUCGCACCAGCCUGUGUGAUGGCACAGUGCUGGAUGACUCCAGAAGCAUGGGGGGUCGCAGCAAACCCAUGGAGCUCAUCUUGGGCAAGAAGUUUAAACUAGCUGUGUGGGAAAGAGUGAUCAUCAGCAUGAGAGAAGGAGAACUUUCUGAAUUUACCUGCGACACCAAGCACACAGCCCUGUAUCCACUCGUGUCCCAGUCACUUAGAAACAUCAGUGCUGGCAAGGAUCCCCUUGAAGGGCAGAGACAUUGCUGUGGUAUCGCUCAGAUUCACUCCCAUCACUCUUUAGGGCAUACGGACCUGGAUCAGCUUCAGGCCAGUCCGCAGCCUCUCUUAUUCACCAUUGAGCUAUUGGAGGUGCUGCCUCCUGGAUCAUUCCAGCUUGAUGUCUGGGCCAUGACAGAUGAAGAGAAGCUAGAGUUUGUGCCUCAGAUCCACGAGCAGGGCAACAAGCUUUUCAAAGAUGGCCAAAUCAAGGAAGCCACAGACAAGUAUUACAACGGCAUUGCUUGCCUGAAAAACCUACAGAUGAAGGAGCAUCCAGGAGAUGAAGCAUGGGUCAAAUUGGACCAUAUGAUCACACCGCUGAUUCUCAACUACUGCCAGUGCAAACUGCUGCAGGGCCAGUACUACGAAGUCAUCGAACACUGCACAUCUUUGGUCUUCAAAUAUGAGGAUAAUGUGAAGGCCUUCUACAAGCGCGCUAAGGCCCAUGCUGCCGUCUGGAAUGAGACAGAGGCGCGGGCAGACUUUGCUAAGGUGUUGGAGCUGGACCCCUCUCUGGAGCCGUCUGUUUCCAAAGAGCUGAGAGCCAUGGAGGAGAGGAUCCGCUCCAAAGAGAAGGAGGAGAAGGGUCGCUACAAAGGCCUAUUCAACACACCAGCUGCCACUGCCACUACAGGUUGAAUGCCAUGGAACAAAAGAUUGCCUGUUGAUUUCAAGAUGGAGGAGAAACCAUACACACUGCUGUUUUGUCCAUGCACCAAAGCUUCACACUCUGCCACCCUGUUCUCCACGUUCACGCAGAAACCUUCCCACACACUGUCAGGUUACUCACACAAACGCACCAGCAAGUCCCACACAUCCUUGUUUUCUGUCUUAAAAUGUUCUUUAUUGGAUUGAUUUAGACAUGAGGACAUUAUCAGCUUGAUCUUCAUGAAAAACACAACUCGCUCUUUCCUGGCCAGAAGCAUGAGGAACUUUAAGUGUCAGGAUUGCACUUUCCUUUAUAUGGAACGCUGCGUUUUCAGAAAACUUCUGGUAAAUAACUCGCUCUGAGUGAUGGGCUGCUUACAGAAUGUUAUUUGAGGCAUCAUCGGAAAUGCUGUUGUAAGACUUUUUGGUUUUAAUGAAUGAUGUUGUUUGUGUAAGUCAUUUUAUAGUUAUCAAGUAUUUAGAAAUCCCCAAUUUACCACUGUAUUAUAAACAAGUAGCUUAAGCAUUUAUGUUGUUUUACUUUUUCAAAUAUGUGCAGAACUGAUUCCUAAAACUACCCGCAGUCAUAACCAAAAGUGGAAGAAGCCCUGACUGUAAUUUCCAAAAUUCAGAUUUUUUUUCUUCCUUUUUUUCACAAGGAACAUUUCGAUCUCAAAACACAAACACACACACACCUCUGCUUUGCACCAUCAGACUCCCUUAUCUAUCUUGGUCACAGUGGAGGCACUGGAAUACACAGUACACCAUUAUCUCCUCCUGAGAGAUGUGACUGGGACAUAGAGCCGCCUGUGACAAUCAUUAUACAACACACAUGGGCUUGUGUUACUUGUCUUUUUCCUUUGUAUGUUUUUCAUAUAUGUAACACACUAUCAUUAUGAUUUAUGUCCAGUAAAACCCUGUGUCUCCUUUACUUGCUUAUAAAGGGCAUCUUGUUACUCUUCAUGUACAGCAGCAGGUAAAUAGCCCAGCCUGUGUGAAGUGAGAUGUUACUGAGGUUGUGAUUAUGAUGGUGAAAAUAAAUGUUUAUCCUCA